CAGGGGCUCCCGGGUUGGUGGCGGACGCCGGAAGAAGCGGUGGAAAACGAGGUUCGUGGGUCCUGUGGUGACGGGAGAAAGGAGCUUCCGAAGUGGGAGUAGGGCCCCAGCGCGGGUGUGGCAGAGCCGGGACGAUAAGAAUGGCUUCCUUCGGAUGGAAAAGGAAGAUUGGCGAGAAGGUCUCCAAGGUCACGUCCCAGCAGUUUGAAGCUGAAGCUGCUGAUGAGAAGGAUGCAGUUGAAAACGAUGAAGGGAACUGGCUUCAUGCUGUUAAACGGAGGAAGGAAAUUCUCCUUGAAGGCUGUGCUGAGAAAAGUAAACAGUUGAAGGACGAGGGAGCCAAUUUGGCAGAAAAUAAAAGAAAAACUUCCCAAAUGAGUUGUCAUCACUCAUUGUCCCCACUUCCUUACUUCUGCUUCACUCUUUGGCCUGGUUUCCAUUCCUGCCAUUCCAAGAAUACUGCUUUUGAUCAGUGUCACCGAGGACCUACAUGGUAUUGGAUCUCUCUGAGAUAUCGAGAGGCGAUUCAGAAGUGGGAUGAAGCACUACAGUUAACCCCAAAUGAUGCUACCCUGUAUGAGAUGAAAUCACAGGUCCUAAUGUCUCUUCAUGAAAUGUUCCCAGCAGUUCAUGCUGCAGAAAUGGCUGUCCAGAGAAAUCCACAUUCAUGGGAGUCUUGGCAAACUUUGGGACGUGCUCAACUUGGAUUAGGAGAGAUAGUCUUGGCAAUUCGAAGUUUUCAAGUAGCCCUUCACAUCUAUCCAAUGAACCCUGAAAUGUGGAAAGAAGACCUUUCUUGGGCAAGAACACUACAGGAGCAGCAGAAGGUAGCACAGAGGAUUAAAAAAAGUGACGCAUCCGCAGAGGUAACGCAGUUCUCACCAAAGUCAAUUCCUGACUAUGACUUUGAAAGCGAUGAGAUUGUUGCUGUUUGUGCAGCUAUUGCUGAAAAGCAGAAGACGGUUUCCGCAAGUAAAACAAUGGUUAUCGUGUCGGCAUCCGGGACUGUGGAGACUGUAACUGAGGAGGAAGAUGGUGCUGCACCUCCAGAUGGCUCUGUUUUUAUCAAAGCCCGGUGAAGCUUAGCAGGCAGCGUUUGAAUCUGUGUUGUCACUUACACAGUUUAAGGCUUAGGGACAUUUAUUCUGGAGAAACAGGGUAAAACUCCUGUUUGUAAAAUAUGUUUUUCAGAUGAGGCAUAUGAAAACUAAAUGAAAGAAUUAUUGUACAGUGUUUGGACUAUGCUUUCAUAAGUUAUGUUUUCAGCUUUUUAAGAUUAAAAUUCUGAGUACAGUGGGUUUUGAUUAAUAAACUUAAUUUAAUCCAGAUAUAUAAGUGAAUGCAUUUUAAAGACAACUUGGAAAGUACAUUCUCAAAUAGUGAAUAACUUCAUGGCCAGUGUUAUUAAAAUGUUGACUUGUUGACUUUGUGUUCUGAUUAAGGAAGUAGGUGAUAUCUUUCCCUGCUGCAAAGAUACCACUGCUACUGUUCACUCUUCUAUUUUUCUUGUUUCAUUAGAGUAGAGUCACAAAGCUUGAAUCUUUUUGACAUUCAUUUUGAUUCAAAGUUGGUUUUAUGUGGAAUCUUUGAAAGUCCAGCUGGAAAUGCAUGCAAAUAUGUACAUUCUGAACAUUUUCUGAAGUUUCUCUUAAUUCUGAUUUGUGCUUAUGUUUUGACUUAAAAUUAUUAUAACGAUGGUAAGUUGCCACCUUCAGUAUUUGUUAAAUGUGUGAAGUACUGUUAAAUGUCAGAAUGUUUUUUUUUUUUAAUAUCAAAGUAGGUAGUCCUUACCACAAGCAAGUCAUUUUUAAGAUGUGCAUUUUUUUAAAUGAAUGGCUCUUAUGGAUAAAUCAUAACAAAUUGUACUGCUAUAUUGUCCCAGUCAAAAGCAGUAUUUUCUUUUCCUUGCUUUUAAAAGGUUAAAAACCUUGAACAUAACUUAAUUUCUUUCUUAUAACUUUCUAGCUGAUGGUUUAGAAUUCCUUUUCUAGAUAACUUUUCUAGAACUAGUCAGUGAAUUGAGAAACAAUCACAGUUUUAAAUAGCUAAAUUAUAUCUUUCUAUAAAUUAAAAUGUAGGAGUGUUAUUAAAGUGCCAAAGAGUGAAUACCUUAGGCACAACAUACUAGAAACUGAAAUGUGAUCUACAGUGCAAUCCCGUGGGUAAAAGAGGAUAUAUUGAAGAGGAUAUUUCAUUGAAAGGCUAUAGUCACAUCCACAAAUCAAUACUGUCGUUGCUAAUGUUAAUUAUUAUUUUUAUACUACAUAUGUUAUAGUACAGUUAUAUAGAACUGCUGAUACUGUUACUUCUGAAACUCAGGAAGCUAUUAUUAGUUGAAAAUUAAUUUUAUACUUGUUAGAGAUGAAGUAAGCUUCUUUAUUUUAAGGAAUUGUACCUUACCCUCUUGGAGCAUGUGCAUAAUGGAGUACAUUUUUCUGUGAUGGUUUAGAGAACAUUUCUUUUAGUGGAAUGCUUACCUCUUUUUUUAAGAGUUGGAGAAGUCAGCAUUUGCAUUGGAAAGUAUUAUAUUUUUCUCCAAAGUUAUACCAGAAAGUUAGUUCUUGUUAGAGAGAUUAGUUUUAGAAUGAUCCAAAAAACAAAUAUUAAUUAUACUUUAUUCUGUUGAAUAAGGAAUAUUGUCAAACGGUAGAUAGUUGGGUAUCUAGAGAGGUGAGCACUUACCAUCUGUUGUUUUGAAUAAUGAGUGUUUUAUUGUGCAAUUUGUGAAUAAAUAGGUUUUUUUCCUCCAUUUAAA